CAGCUUCACGGUCAGCACAAGGCGGGCAGAUGUAAGUUGAGUCAAGGCGACGGUGAGAGAGGUGACAAUGAGGUCGGGCGGGAGAAUAGAUUUCCAGCAGCCGGCCCGACUGUCAAGGUGGACACGGCAGAUGUGAGAAUCUUCUUGUGUUGCUUCAGUGUCAUCGUUUGGAUUUUUUUUUUUACAUCGCCAUCCCUUUUUAAACAGCAGGCAGCGUGGAGGUGUAAAGCUCCAGCUUGGAGCGAAGCCUCGAAAGGAAACAACCGCACUGUAAAUCUGCCCAUCAGCCUCUCAUGAGCAUCUGAUUCAAAUGCCGGAAAGCGACGUACAGAGGAAUCCGAGAAGACCCUCAACAAGAAAAUCAUUCCCUUUUCACUUUAUUCAUACUUUGGAUACGUUUUAUCCGCACUCCCGUUCUUGCGCCUGAGGAAUAUUGUGAGCUUGUCAGUCCAUUUAUCGAGAGGGAAGUGAUUUCUAACACAAGCAAGGCGUGUGACACUUGCCCCAGGGACGAGGCCACCUUUUACAACCAAACACCCUCAUGGAGCAAAUGAGACGCACAGUCGCAGCUCAAUCCUAGCUCAUCCACCUGAUUAAAAAAAAUCAAAUAAACAUUGGGUAUAUUGGUUACCUAUUUGUUAUUUGGUAGUGACGAAUCCAGCAUGCAAGUCUCUCUGGUUUGCACGGACCACCGCGGCGGAGUGAGCCGCACCACGGAGGACCGUCUCAAUCGGCAAAACGCCAACAGCCCCGGUACGGGGACACGAAGCAAAUUCCGAGCUGUGGCCAUGGUGGCUCGAAGUCUUGGUCAGCUCUCUGUUCAGAGUGUGCCGUCUUCCAGCGAACAAAGCAUGAGGACCGGCAUGAAGUAUAGAAACCUCGGCAAGUCGGGUCUGCGCGUGUCCUGCCUUGGAUUAGGAACAUGGGUGACGUUCGGCGGGCAAAUUACGGAUGAGAUGGCAGAGCAGCUGAUGACUCUGGCGUAUGAAAAUGGCAUCAAUCUGUUUGACACGGCCGAGGUCUACGCUGCGGGGAAGGCUGAGGUGGUGCUGGGGAACAUCAUAAAAAAGAAAGGCUGGAGACGCUCCAGUCUUGUGAUCACAACAAAGAUCUUUUGGGGAGGAAAAGCCGAAACUGAAAGAGGUUUAUCUCGGAAACAUAUUAUAGAAGGUUUAAAAGCUUCUCUGGAGCGACUACAGUUAGACUACGUUGACGUCGUAUUUGCAAACAGACCGGACCCCAACACGCCGAUGGAAGAAACAGUUCGAGCAAUGACCCAUGUGAUAAAUCAGGGCAUGUCCAUGUACUGGGGGACGUCCCGCUGGAGCCCCAUGGAGAUCAUGGAAGCAUAUUCUGUGGCACGACAAUUCAAUCAGAUCCCUCCCAUUUGCGAGCAGGCCGAGUAUCACAUGUUUCAGCGAGAGAAGGUGGAGGUGCAGCUACCUGAACUUUUCCAUAAAAUAGGUGUGGGGGCCAUGACGUGGUCGCCGCUGGCCUGCGGGAUCAUCUCAGGGAAAUAUGACGGAAGGGUGCCCCCGUACUCUCGGGCCUCUCUGAAGGGUUACCAGUGGUUGAAGGACAAGAUCUUGAGCGAGGAGGGUCGUCGUCAGCAGGCGAAGUUGAAAGAGCUGCAGGCGAUCGCGGAGCGGCUGGGCUGCACUCUGCCCCAACUCGCCAUCGCAUGGUGUCUACGUAAUGAGGGGGUGAGCUCUGUCCUUUUAGGGGCAUCCAACGCCGACCAACUGAUGGAGAACAUCGGAGCCAUUCAGGUUCUCCCCAAGCUAUCCUCAUCCAUCACACACGAGGUGGACAGCAUCCUGGGCAACAAGCCGUACAGUAAAAAGGACUACCGGUCUUAACGCCCGGUAACAGCAGUGCGUCCCGCCUUUUUGCCUGAUCCUCCGUUUGCUUGAGCUUCAACCGAGCGAGGGUCCCUCAGCCCCCGAACCCCCUCCCUCAACCGCAACCCUCCUGGCGCAUGAGUGUGGUCGCACCAAAGGGCCACCGGGGGAUCCCUCGCUCACACUUCCAGGGAUAUAGAAAAAGGGGAAAAAACUGGCGUCGCUCGAGAGGUUUGCGAAUCAGACAUUCAAUAGGAAAGCGAGUGAGAAACAUAAUAAGCACACGCUGGCGUGGGUGCUCGGAUGUUAUUCUGCCACACCCAGCGAGCUGAUGGUCACGCGUGAACAACACGUGUUCUCGCGUAAUCCUCCACGUCGUCUUGUUUGUGUCUUUGUUUGACAACAAUCAGCACUUUAGUAAGGUCAGUGUCGCUACCCUACAGCAUUCUCAGCCCCUGCACAUUCACUAGAAAAUAAAGAAGUGGCCUCCUGAUA